AUGGACUAAUCUUAACAUAAGCAUCAUCCGUCUGGGAACUAGCUGAGGGCCUCUCUUUCCCCCAAAUUUAAUCAGACGAGAUUGCCUUCAAACACUGCUAGACCUCCAUCAGGAUCAUUAGGCUCUAUUAAUCAUCCUCAGUCUACUAAAAAUAAGAAUACCAAGGCUAUUUCAAUAGGAUAAUCACAUGGCUUUUCAAUGAAAAAGGUUUCGAUUUAGCAUUAGUCUGCCAAAGAUCUUGAGGCCUAAAUGGCUUCUUACGCUAAAAAAUCGUAAAAUCAGAUUGAAGAACAAACUGAAGUUAAUAACCUAAUUAAGAAGCAGGCAGUAAAAACUAAUUAUAAGCAAUAUCUAACUAGUUUCAAUGAGAAUGGAAAAUAAGAGAAUGAAAGGAAGGUAGAGUAAAGCCAAUUAUUGCAUAAAAUGAGAGAGUAAAACAAAAGAUAUGAAUCUUGCAACAAUAACAACAUUAGCCAAUCAUUUAAUUAGUCGAGAUUACUCAAUGACUCACAGACAGCACACAAAAACAAUAACUAAUAAAGAAUGAAUAUACAGUAACAGCAACUUAUGGAUACAAGUGAAUAAUUAAACUAGCCCUGCGGAUUUGUUCAAGAGUAGGAGUUAUAAAAAAACGCAAUCAAGUAAAAACAUAAAAACGAGUAACCGAAAACUCUUGAGUUUCAUCAAAAUAUCCUGUUUAAAUCGAUUAAUCACAAUAUAGCCAGAAACUCCCUAAACUCAGAAUUAUAGAAACUUACCAGUGCUGGAGAAAAAAGUAAAAAUACUAUUGCUUCCAAUAACAAGAUCGAUGAUAUUCAAAAAUAAGCUUCUGAUCUAUUUGGGCAGAAAUAGGCACCUUUUGAUGAUUAAAACGAAAAGUAGCCUAAGGUGAAAUAUGUCACAGAUAACAAUGAAUUUAUGCAUCAACCAUAGACAACAGAAAAAAGAAGUCUAUCUGAAAACCCAAAGAUAGAUCAAUAAUUGCAAAGUUCAUCUAUUAUGAGAGAAAUUCAAUAAACGAUGGUGUAAUCCAAGUAUAACUAUUAUCAAGCUUUGGUUGUAAAUAAAAAGUAAAAAAAUAAAUUGACUUAAGCCAAAUGUCAAUCAGCCCGAGCCGGAUCAAGGCAUAGCUAAGGACUUGUCAAGGACUUGAAUAAAUAGGCUUCUCAACUAUCUCUGUAAACUAUUCUCCCAAAUCACGAACCACCCAAAUGCUCUAAUAAAAGAACCGGCGUUAUUAGAGCAUAUGCAGCAAGCACAAAUUAAGGCAUUUACAGACAAUAUAAUGAAGACAGAGUAUCUAUUAUCUUAAAUGUGGCGAGACCAGCAAAUAAAAUGGGUUUGAAUGGCCAGCCAGACAACCCAUUGAGGUGGCCAAAGUGUUCUUUCUUUGGUGUAUAUGAUGGUCACGGAGGAGCUCUUUGUGCCGACUUUCUGAGAGAUAACCUUCAUCAGUAUAUUUUUAGAGAUGAAUUUUUCCCAUAAAAUCCAAGAGAAGCUAUCAAACGCGGGUUCAUUGAAGCAGAAAGAUUUUUCCUUGAAUAUGCUUAAUAAGUAAAUCUAACUGAAAAUUAUUAAGAACCAACUGUAGAUAUAAUUGAUAAAAGUGGUUCAUGCGCGAUUAUCACACUUGUGGUAGACGAUAUGGUUUAUGUUGCUAAUGUUGGCGACUCUAGAGCUAUACUGUCGGCAAAUAAUGGUUAAAAGAUUUACUGUCUAUCUAAAGAUCAUAAACCCAAUGAUCCAUGUGAAGAAAAAAGAAUAGUAUAAAAUGGUGGAAAACUUUAUUAAACACCUAUCCCUGUAAAAAUCCCUUUGCUUAAUGGAGGUACUAUUAUUAGUAAAAACACUCCAUUGCCAUAGCAAUAAAUGGGCCCUCAAAGAGUGUUUCCUGGAAGGCUCUCUGUUUCAAGAACUUUUGGUGAUAUUGAAGCAAAAUUAAGGCAGUAUGGAGGAUUACCAGGAGUGAUAUCAGCUGAACCAGAAAUCAGAUAGUUCAAAGUAAUUGAUUUAGUCUGGGACGAUGCUAACUAAAAGAUUGAACAGUGCUCAGACACCCAGCAACACUAAAAUACUUUAGAUCCUCACAAGGAAUGCUCCACGGCUGUAGACUUAAUAUUGGCAGAGUCAGUUAAAAAGAAGACUUUGGAUAAUAUCACAGUUGUCAUGAUUUCAUUUACCAACUUUAAGAAACAAUAAAUAAACUCUCAUAGAGAGAGGUAAGACUCUCAGCUAUUGACAGAACGAGAUGUGAAUAAUCGCAUUGAGUUCAAAGAGCAUCCGAGGUAAGUUAUGACUGAAGCAUAAAGUGCAGCUACUUCAAGACAUCAGAGUGAGGACAGUCAAAAAUCAAAGACAACAAUGAGUCCAACUUCAAUGAGUUAGAGUACUAACAAACACUACUUUGUCCUUUCCAAGAGUAGACUUUAAAACAAACAAAUUGGGGGCUCUAGUGAAAGUGAUGUAACAUCUUAGCAAACCUCUGCAUAGUAAAAUAGCACUAUUACAGCAAAUAACCUUCCAACCAAUAAUGAAGCAAGUAAAAUGCAGUUAAAUAAAGUACUGUAAAAAUAUGAAGGAAAAGUUAGCAUGAAUCCAAGUAAUAACACCAAUAAUCCCUAGGCAAUAAAUGAACUCAAGAAGAAAACUUUGCUUUUCAAAAAGUCGAUUGACGAAUAAAAAUAGAAAAAUCUUUAUCAAAUACUGAAGCAAAAGCAAUUGGUGGAUAACGCCAAUGGCAAUGCAAAGCAUUUGGAAAAUAACUUAUUUACAAAAGAGACUAAAGUUAAAACUCUGUAGCUCAAGAACUAUCCUUUGAUAGGUUCAGCUAGAAGCACAGGUAGCUAUAAUAGUAAUAAAGAGUACGAGAAGUAGAACACUCCCAAGAAUGCUACCUCUAAGACACCGAGGGAAGGCUAAAUGAGCAGCCCUGAUAAAAAGAGAGCAUCAAAUUAAAAUUCAGACUAUAAGAUUGGUGGAGGGAACUUCAUUUAUGUUGAACCGCUGAAAGAUGAACAACUCUAAUAAAAUUAAAGUCCUUAUGUCGUCAGAAACUCUAUGACGCUUAGACCACAGAUUAAGCCAGGCACAAAGUAUCUUAGACAGUCUUCAGACAAGAGCUUAGCCAAAACAUUGAAAAUAAACGAAAGGUUUUAAACAGACAAUUUCGCAUAGUAAUCUACAGCUUCUAUGGUGUCAAGGCCAAUAAUAGGAGUAGGGAGUUCAGAAAGUAGAUAUGUAAAGUAAAACCUAGCAAAUAAUCAUACUAGUAAUAAUAAUAACUAACAGCACUACUAAUAUAACAUUCAUUAGUGA